CCGAAAACCAGUUUUGCUUCCGGUUACGCGCCGGAAGUGAUUCCCUGCAUCGAUUUAGUAGCCUCCGACGCUUUUCUGUCGUUUCGCGCUACAAUUUUUUCUCUUUUUGGUGGAGGAUUUAACCUCAGAAUCCACUGCCAGCAUGAAACUCGUCAGGUUUUUGAUGAAACUGAGCCAUGAAACAGUGACUAUUGAACUGAAGAAUGGCACACAGGUUCACGGCACAAUUACAGGUGUGGAUGUCAGUAUGAAUACUCACCUCAAAGCUGUGAAGAUGACCCUUAAAAACAGAGAACCCACCCAGCUGGAGUCACUCAGUAUCCGUGGCAACAACAUCCGCUAUUUUAUCCUGCCUGACAGUCUUCCUCUGGACACGCUGCUGGUUGACAUCGAACCCAAAGUCAAGUCAAAGAAGAGAGAGGCUGUGGCUGGUCGUGGCAGAGGAAGAGGUAGAGGACGUGGCAGAGGAAGAGGACGUGGCAGGGGUGGGCCGAGGAGAUGAAUCUCAAGCCACUGUACAUUUUUGCAUUUUGUACAGCAUUUUUGUUUUUCGUUUUGUUCAUCCUUUAGAAAAUAUUUUGUGAUUCUGAUUUGCCUUCAUUUUGUACAUUAAAAUGGUCUUCUUUUGAAAACUGUUUUGUGUGUUAUGUUUCAAAGUGUUGAACUGUUUGUAUCACACAUUAAAGGCAGAGCUGUUUCUGCAGAUGUAUUUCCUAUUAAUAAAUUGCUGAUUCAGAUA